UCCUCCGUCUGUGUUUCUCCCCGAUCAUCUUGCUCUCAUACUCGCGUGGUAAAGUGCUCCCGGUCGUCUUCUAGUGAACCUAGAGUGAUUCGUCGUCCCGGAUUGCCAUCAUAGCCGACACCUAGUCCUUCCUCAUCCUCGUCAUCCCAUACACACACGCGCCUGAUUAGGCUGAUUAGGCAUUACCAUCUAGCCAACUUCAAAAUGGUUAAGGUUCUGCUCGUCCUCUACGACGGUGGCCAGCACGCCAAAGACGUUCCCGAGCUGCUGGGAACGACGGAGAACGAGCUGGGCAUCCGAAAGUGGCUCGAGGACCAAGGCCACACCCUCGUCACCACCUCCGACAAGGAGGGCGAGGACUCCACCUUCGACAAGGAACUCGUCGAUGCUGAGAUCAUCAUUACUACUCCCUUCCACCCCGGCUACCUGACUGCUGAGCGGCUAGCCAAGGCUAAGAAGCUGAAGCUCGCCGUCACGGCCGGCAUCGGCUCGGAUCAUGUCGACCUCAACGCGGCUAACAAGACCAACGGCGGUAUCACUGUCGCCGAGGUGACCGGCUCAAACGUGGUGUCGGUAGCAGAGCACGUGGUCAUGACGAUCCUGGUGCUGGUGCGUAACUUCGUGCCGGCGCACGAGAUGAUCCAGGCGGGCGAGUGGGAGGUGGCCGCGGCGGCCAAGGACGAGUACGACCUCGAGGGCAAGGUCGUCGGCACCGUCGCCGUCGGCCGCAUCGGCGAGCGCGUGCUACGUCGCCUCAAGCCCUUCGACUGCAAGGAGCUGCUCUACUACGACUACCAGCCCCUGCACCCGGACGCCGAGAAGGAGAUCGGCUGCCGACGGGUCGACACGCUCGAGGAGCUGCUCGCCCAGUCGGACGUCGUCACCAUCAACUGCCCGCUGCACGAGAAGACGCGCGGCCUGUUCAACAAGGAACUCAUCGCAAAGAUGAAGCCUGGCUCGUGGCUUGUGAACACGGCGCGUGGCGCGAUCGUGGUGAAGGAGGACGUGGCGGAGGCGCUCAAGUCGGGCCACCUCCGGGGAUACGGCGGUGACGUGUGGUUCCCGCAGCCGGCGCCGCAGGACCACCCGCUGCGGUACGCCAAGAACCCGUUCGGCGGCGGCAACGCGAUGGUGCCGCACAUGUCGGGCACGUCGAUCGACGCGCAGAAGCGGUACGCCGCCGGCACCAAGGCCAUCCUCGACAGCUACCUGUCGGGCCGCCACGACUACCGGCCCGAGGACCUCAUCGUCAAGGACGGCGACUACGUCACCAGGUCCUACGGCCAGCGGAAGAAGGAUUAGGGGGCGAGCGCGCCGAGGCUGGGCUGGUAGGAGGGGAGGAGAGGAGGAGGAGCACGUGAGGGCGACCCGGGACGUAGGUACGUGCGCGAGUAGGAGCAAG